AUGAUCGACCGCAAGCUAGAAGAAGACUCUAGACGGCUACGAAGAGAAUGCAAGAUUCUUCUAUUAGGAUCCGGAGAAAGUGGCAAGUCAACGAUCGUGAAGCAGAUGAAGAUCAUCCACCAGAAUGGCUACACCAUGGAAGAACUUGCGCUAUACCGAUUGACUGUGUACAAGAAUCUUUUGGAUUGCGCCAAAGCUCUCAUCGGGGCAUACCAUUAUCUCCAACUCGAACCCUCCAGCCAAAAGGUCAAGGACUACAUCUCAUUUCUCGAAGACUACAACGUAGAUCCUGAUCCGAACACUGCUCUCGAUUCGAAAAUCGGAGAAGCAAUCACAUAUCUUUGGAACGACCCAUGCACAUCAACCGUUCUGGAGCAUCAGAAUGAGUUUUACCUCAUGGAUUCGGCGCCAUAUUUCUUCGAAGAAGCAAAACGAAUAACGGCGCCUGACUAUAUUCCGGACGUUUCGGACGUGCUCCGGGCCAGAACGAAGACCACUGGUAUCUACGAGACACGAUUCACCAUGGGUCAGCUAAGCAUACACAUGUUCGACGUGGGUGGCCAGCGCAGCGAACGAAAGAAGUGGAUCCACUGCUUCGAAAAUGUGACGUCGAUUAUCUUUUGCGUCGCGCUCAGCGAAUAUGACCAAGUGCUGCUAGAAGAAAGCAAUCAGAAUCGAAUGAUGGAAAGUUUGGUGCUCUUCGACUCCGUGGUCAACUCUCGGUGGUUCAUGCGGACAAGUAUUAUCCUCUUCCUGAACAAAGUUGAUUUGUUCCGCCUGAAACUGCCUCGAUCACCGUUGAGCAACUACUUCCCCGAUUACUCGGGCGGCAACGAUGUGAAUCGUGCUGCCAAGUACCUUCUAUGGCGGUUCAACCAAGUGAACCGCGCCCACCUGAACCUAUAUCCACAUCUCACGCAAGCGACGGAUACGACGAAUAUCCGUCUAGUUUUUGCAGCAGUCAAAGAGACGAUCCUGCAAAACGCCCUCAAAGAUUCGGGUAUCCUAUAA